AUGGCCGAUGCAUCGACGGAGGUGGUGGUGCUCUUUGUGUCCGAGAUCUUGGGUUUUCCCAUCUCUGGCUCCUUGGCCGGUGUCUUCUUCGACUUCCCGAGUGUCCUCGGUGUGGAGUUGUCGGCGUACGGCAAUCCAGCUUUUGGCGGGGAUCGCAGAUUGGCCUCUCUGGAGGAUACCAUGCCCACGAUUUUGCACUCAUAUGGAUGUGCUUUGCAAAGUUGUUUCUGCGGCUGUCGAGAUCGAGGUUUUGCCAUGUCCACACUCCAGUCCAAAGGUUUGAGGGGCAUCCUGGUCAUCUCUGAGACGCAUCUCCAACCUCGGUUCUUUCACCCCGUGGAGUUGUCUGCCUUGCUUUCGAUACCACCUGAUCAACAAUGGGAAUCCCAACCUAGGCAGUCUUUGUGCUUGUUGGGACAAUCAGCGGCACCGCUUCAAGCGCUUUGGAUCUAUGCCCACCAAGUGAAUGCAGCUACUUCGCAGUAUAGCCACCCCAAGAUUGAUCCGUUGACACUGGUUCAUCAGUACAAAGUGGCUUUGAACAAGCAAAUUAGGCAGGUCUUUCCGUUUGCCUACCCUGAUCGUCCUCGAGUUCUGAAACUGGAAGCAGUUGAUGGAUCUUUGCUUUAUAUUCUCAAGGAGGGCAUGGUGACUGUGGGGCAGCUGCUGAAAGCAGAAUCCAUCUCCCUUGGUUGGGGAGAAACCAUGUGUUGCCACUCUUUGGAAGGCCCGCUCUCCUCUGAGAUGAUCAUUGACGAAGACAUGCCAGUUCAGCUCUGGAACCACCCUAAGCGUCAAGCCAAACCUCCACCAGUCGGUUUGGUUGCUGUAGGUAUUCAGCAUGGAGAGCAGCUUUGCAUUUCAUGUGUGCCCUAUGGAUCCUUCAUGUUCGAGGCCCUUGCGGAGCAUGACCUGCAUUCGGUGGCUUGGCUUGUGGAUGAAGAUGGACGGGUGUAUGGCAGAGACUACCGCAUUUGGUCUACCUUGAGGUUGACAACCAUCUCUUCUUCCUCGUUCCCUUCCUUUUCCACUUUGCCUUGCUCGACUUUGAUGGAUCAGCAAGCCUGUGGGGUUGAUCAUUUGCUGGCGGAGGGUUUGUCAGGUCAUACCGUGUGGAAUGCAUUGAAGUCAUUGUGUCGAUCCUCGGAGCUGAUCGAUCAGGAGGCAUUGGUUCAUCUGCAUCCAGGACUUCUCCACAAGUUGUUGCAUGAUUCUUUGAAUGAUGGUCACAUCCGUGUUCUUCGGCAUUUCUGGGAGUGCAGUCAGGGUUUGGCGGUUGGCUGUUUUUCGGCCCAGGGUCACUGGGCUGUGAUUUGUGGCCGCCAAGAUGGCGAUGUUGUCCUAUGGACAUACUAUGAUGGAUUGCCGGGGCACUUGUAUCCAGAGGCAUUGGUGUUGGCAAAGAAGCUCUCCUUCAUUUUUGAGUUGACCUUUGCUGGCCUUCAUGACGGUUCUUUGAUUCGCCAACGUCAUGGGCAUACUUGUGGAGCAGUUGCAAUUGCACAUGUUGCUCAUUUGCUCGGUCUUCAAGGGGUCUUUUCAACUGAUCACAUUCUUUGCCUGCAUACUUGGCUUAGUCUUCAUCAGGUACAUUGUGAUUCUUUGUUGGGUUUUGGCCGCGAUGAUCCGGUGUUGAGCAAGUUCAUCGACCUUCUUGCUUCAAAGGGGGUGCCAGCUGGUGAAGUGGAGACAAGAGCUAAGCAAGCUCUUGAUGCUUUGGGACGUGCCUCAGUGAUUAGUGCUUUGAGCUCUAAGAACCCUUGGCAGCGGCUCAAGGCGGAGGCCUCGAAACCGACGGUGCAGUUCAAGUUCCUCAAACCCCAUGAGUUGGCUGCGUACAUUGACCAGCAGGCCAAUCAAAGAUUUGGAGCUGAACUGAAAUCCAAGAAGGAGAAAUCGCAGAAGAAGCCGACCAAAACUGAGGUCCAGUUAGAUCCAAAGCAUUUGACUCUUCUGCCUGGGCACUUCAAAGACUCAUCGCAUGACAAUGUGCCUCAGAUUGCUUUGGAGCAGGUGCAAACCGAGGCAAGGGGAAUUGCAGUCGUGACUCGUCAGGAGGCUCAGCCCUUCCUGGACAGCUUGAAGUCCAUCAGCGUUGAUGCUCUGGGUUUGUUGAUCACUAGUGAGGUGGAUUCUUCGUCUCGUGGCUCUACCAAGGUCACCAAUAUGAGGUUCCCUGCGACCUACGAGCCGACCAAGGAGCAGAUCUUAGUGAAUGGCGCCCUUCUGUUGCUUGGAGACAUGGCCAUUGAGCGUCAUCGUCCGGCAGGACCCUCUUCUGUUCCGGACAUGGUGAGCUCUGCAGUGGUACGCCUGCAGAUCUAUCGUGAUGAAGUGACUUCUGAUUGGUCCUCAGUGGUGAACUCACCCAUUAAGUUUGUGGUUCAGCACACUGCCACUUUGCAAGUGCGCGAGGGCCAGAGCUGUGGUGGGGUUUGUCCCAAAUACCAUCUCCCGGUGGACGUUGAUCAGAUGAAUCUGAUGCAUGAAAUCUGGGCUCGUCGAUUCACUUCACUGGAAUCCCGUCUUCAACCAGCAGAUCAGGCCGCUUGCUUCACUGCAUUUCUUCGCGUGGUUGAUUCCAUUGUUCCUCAGUUGUUGUCGCAGACGAGUGAGGGCAUAUAUUUCGAGCCACGUUCAGACAAGACCACUGGUCCACAUCCUGACUUUGUUGUGCUAUGGUUGGGAGGGGUCACCAAGGCUGAAGCUGUUCACAAACAACGGACUUUGAGCAAUGUCUUGGGCGUGGUUCGGAUGAAUCAGAAGUUCGGUCUUCGAGUCAGGGCCUCGGAUGCUGAAGGGGUUCACAAAGAACUUCGGCCACAUGAUGUGUUGAUCAACCAGGUGCAGCAACAUGAGAUCGCGGAGCGCAAGGUUCAGUUCCAUGCGAGUCGAAAGACUUUGUCGCACGCUUCUUCUUCUACGGCAUCCAGUUCUCAGGGACCUGACAAGACCGACCCGUGGUUGGCCAAAGCUGCGGAUCCAUGGGCAUCAUUCAAGCCCACCUUGGCCCCUGGUUCCUCCAGUGGUCAAAAGCAUAUUGAUGCGGUUGCCGCCAAGUUGAAAGAAGACAUCACGGCCACAGUUGGGAAGGACUUGAAGGCACAGGUUGCUACAUGGACACCUUCUGCCCAUGAUUCACAGGCAGUGGAUGAACUUCGCCUUCAGACAGAUCGUAAGUUCCAACAGGUUGAAUGCUCUUUGAACGAACUUCAGGCCCAGAAUGUCCAAUUUCAGGCUUGGUGUGCGGAGGCCACCAAGAGGAUGGAAUCUACGGAACAGGGCACUAAGCAGCUUCAGUCCAAUCUGCAUCAGGUGCAACAGGAGGUUCGCAAUACGGCUGAUUCUUUGCAGCAUUCGGUUCAGCAAUCUUCAGCUGUCCUUCGUGGCGAGUUCAUCAAUGAAUUGGAGAACAAGCUGUCCAGCCAAUUCGAGAAGUUCGAAGCUCUGUUGUGCAAGAAGUUUCGGACAGAGCAGAAGGAGGAGAUGUUGCUCUCGGCAUUUUCUCACUAUGCGAGACCCAAUGGGGUUUGUUUGACCAAAGCUGUGAUCUAUGGUUAUCCAACAUCGCCCACGUGGCCAAAGGCGAAAGCCCAUACCUCCGGGUUGCUUGAGGUGAUCACCGAGGAAAUUGUUCUGGGCACACGAGGCCCUCGGAUCGUGGCGGGUGAUUUCAACACCGGACCCACGGGGUUGGCGGUCUUCGAUACAUGGAGAAGGCUUGGUUGGCAAUCUGCCCAGACGUGGGCCUUUGAGCGUUGGCAUCAGUCCCCCAUCAUGACGUACAAGGGCCUUACGGAGCCCGAUCAGCUCUGGCUUUCACCGGAAGCCUUGGUGGCUGAAGCAAUCUUUGCUGCGUUUCGUUGUUGCUACGACAAGUUUGAGUCUUGGCACUUGGCACAGCGCAAGCAGAAAGCUCAGGUUACCACGGAGAUUCUAGAAGGGGCUCCUCAACAUGUCUCUUGGCAUUUGUUGCCUAACCGCAACCCUGCUCGAAAAUGGCUUCGUGAAUACUUUCAUUCUCGUCCACGGGAUUUGGAGUUUUUGGGUACGGCGGUGCAACCACAUGAGCAUGUUUUCACUGAUGGUAGCUCCAUGACUUUAGAUUGUGGGAUUUCUUAUGCCUCUUGGGCGGUGUUGUCGGCUUCUAGUGGUCAACAAAUAGCUGGAGCCCACUUGGCUGGCAUUGAUCAGUCCUCGGCUCGGGCUGAAGUCAUGGCAGUGUACGCUGCCUUGGAAUGGGGCGCUUUGCAACGUUUAAAGCUGCACCUGUGGGUGGAUUCGCUUUUUGUUGUGGACAACCUCAAGUGGCUUAUGAGCAAGAUUCCCCUUUCUUGGUCUCACAGAGAUCUGUGGAAUCGCAUUCGUAGUGCCUUGGACCAUUAUGAGACUUUGCCCCAGGUCACUUGGAUCCCGUCACAUGUGGAUCCUGCUGCUUGUGAAGACCCUUGGCAGGACUGGAUUGCAUCCUGGAAUGCUAAGGUUGAUGCUAUGGCAGGUUCCAUCAAUGCUCGCCGGUCGAUGGAGUUUUGGGAUGCUGUGUCCAGGGCGCAAGACUACCAUGUUCGUUCACUUAACACUUUGACGUCGAUUCGCUCGUUCUACUUUCAUGUGGCAGCUGCGCCUUCUGCAACUUCUACGGAGUUGGAGCAGCUGGCUGAAAGCACUGAGAGGGAUGAAUUUGAGUGGGUGACAGGAGAGCGGCUGAUUGUGCCCGUCCGUUGCCACAACGGUCAACGUGGACGUGAGGUUGAGAGACCAUGGACUGUGCACGCCCGCACUGCUUUGCUGUGCGCGUGCACUUGA